CGCAGGCCCACGCGGGGGUGUGGCUCGCGGGCGGGCGAGCGGUCUCACAGGCAGUGCCCGGGUGAAAGAUGGCGGCUCCGGCUUCAGCCGGGGCACUGUCCCCAGAAGACCACGAGCCUCAGCGGCCGCAGCUACUGCACCCACCCGGUGGCGCGGUCGCCGCGAGGAUUGGGAUGCGGAGCAGGAAGGCCUGCGUCCCCACGCGUGUCACCGCUGCGCCCCCUGCGUGGCAGCCGCCCGCUCGCAGGCCGGUGGAGAAGAGCCUUCCCGACUCCACACACACCCAGGCUGUGUCCAAACCCCUCUUAGCUGGGCAAGACCCGCAGCUGCCAACCCGACAAGGCCUUCUUCCUCUGCCUCUUCCUUCCUUCUCCCGGUCUAAAAACUUCAACCCCUCAGUCUAAUAAUGAUAAUGAAAUGGUCUCCAGCCUCGCCUUGCAGAUGUCACUUUAUUUUAACUCUUACUUUUUCCCACUGUGGUGGGUGAGCUGCAUUGUGAUGCUGCACCUCAAGUAUUCAGUCUUGCCCGAUUACUACAAAUUCAUUGUGAUUACUGUCGUCAUCCUCAUAACCUUGAUUGAAGCGAUCCGGUUGUACCUGGGCUGCAUGGGUAACCUUCAGGAGAAGGUUCCUGAGCUGGCUGGCUUUUGGCUUCUGAGCCUUCUACUGCAGUUGCCUUUAAUCCUUUUCUUGCUCCUUAAUGAAGGCCUAAGGAAUCUGCCCCUGGAGAAAGCAAUACAUAUCAUCUUCACCAUCUUCCUUACUUUCCAAGUCAUCUCAGCAUUUCUUACCCUGAAGAAAAUGGUCAACCAGCUGGCAGCCCGUUUCCACCUCCAGGACUUCGACCAGCUGUCUACAAGCAGUGCAGCAGUGAGGAGGGUGAGGCGAUGCACAGAGGAGCUCUGACCACAUGCUGACUGCGUGCUGAGCAGCGGACAACAGAAAGAUGAUACAAGAGGACCAGGAAGUGAGAGAGUGACAGGACAUCUAAGUUGGGCCUGAGAAAGGGGACAUGAGUGCUGGGGUGUGUCCUCCAGCUCUGAAAUCCCCAUGGAGGCAAUGCCAAGGCUCACCCGUAUCAACCCUGCAGCUGAGGGGAUGUUUCUGAUGUUGGAUAAGUCUGUUGGCAGUUUCAUACCACCUUUUCUGAUGUUUCCAGUUAUAAUCUGUGACAAGAAAUGUAUGGCCGGCCUUUCAGACAAAAUCAGCUUUGUCCAGUGGAAUCUCACUGAGUGUGUUAACACCCUCCAGGACAUGCCCUAGCCCAGGAGGAGUCAGCCAAUACAAAAUGAACUCCAUGGUAUUCUUGUGGACUUUUUCAUUUCGAUUUUGUUUUGGAAUUUCUGUCUUAUUAUUAGGGAGUAAAAAGGUAGGGAGGAGUUGGGAAAGGGGAAAACAUGAAAAAUAUAUGGUAUGAAGAAAAGAACGAAUAAAAAUCCAUAAAACAUAAGCUAUUGAUAUUAAACUAUCUGCAACAUGUCA